UACAAGUUCUCCAACUCAUACAAAAGAAAUAAAAGUUCAUUAUCUUACAGCAGAAACUACACGAUAACUCAGACAUCAGAAACCAUGGCAGCUCACAGAUUCUUUGCAUACUUAACUCUAUUAGCUCUAACAUCUAGUGUAGCCUUUGCCACUGAUCCUACACAGCUCCAAGACUUUUGUGUCACCACAAAUGACCCUAAAAAUGCAUUGUUCGUAAAUGGGCUAUUCUGCAAGAAUCCAAUGGCAGUUACAGCAGAAGAUUUCUUCACCAACGGGCUAGACAAACCUGGUAACACCAACAAUAAGUUAGGCUCAGCAGUGACUCCAGUGGCAGCAGCACAACUGCCUGGACUCAACACCCUUGGCAUAUCACUUGCCAAGCUCGACUUUGCCCCAUAUGGCCUUGUUGCUCCCCACACACACCCCCGUGCCACUGAGGUUUUCACAGUGAUGGAGGGUACCAUCUAUGUUGGUUUUGUGACCUCUAACCCAGCAGAUAAUAGUGCAAACAAGCUCUUUACUAAGGUUCUCAAAAAGGGAGACGUGUUUGUUUUUCCACAAGGUCUUGUUCACUUUCAGCUCAAUGUUGGCAAAACUCCUGCUUUUGGCAUUUCUGCUUUGAGUAGCCAGAAUCCAGGUGUGGUCACUGUUGGUAACGCUGUUUUUGGCUCUGAAGCACCUAUCUCGGUUGAUGUUCUUUCCAAGGCCUUUCAGCUUGAUGCUAAUGUCAUCAAGUACAUUCAGUCCAAGUUCUAACUGACUGAGAACAGGCACAACAAUGUAGUGCAAAGUGAUUUCAUUAUGUUUGCAGAUGUUUUGAUUUUCUAAUAACAUUGUUUAUUUGUUUUUAAUUUACAAAAAAAAAAUUGAAUAACUUCUUCAUACAGUAUAAGAAAGUUUAUCGCAGUAUAAUGUAUACAAUGUCUGAUUAAUAUUAGCCAUGGAAAAGAAAGCAAUUGAAUCA